CUCUUCGUAGAGAAUAUCUAACGAGGGGUUCACGAGGGCGAGUCAACGGACUGCCAAUCGAUCGUCACUCGUUUUCGGAGCAGUUGCGCUUGGGUAUUCGUAGAAACUCCUGUGUUUGGAUUUUUUUCCCGUCUCCAACGUUUUUUGGAGACAAUUUGAGGAUUAAGGAUGGUAAAAAUGGAGCACGAGGAUGGUAAAAAUGAACCUGAGCAUGUCCGCAAGCUCUUCAUCGGCGGUCUCGACUACAGAACCACCGAUGACUCCCUCAAGAAGCAUUUUGAGCAGUGGGGCGAGAUCGUGGACGUUGUGGUAAUGAAGGACCCGAAGACAAAACGCUCCAGAGGUUUUGGUUUCAUCACUUACUCCAGGGCCCACAUGGUGGACGAUGCCCAGAAUGCUAGGCCCCACCGUGUGGAUGGAAGAGUUGUUGAACCCAAGAGGGCAGUCCCUCGUCAGGAAAUCGGCCGACCUGAGGCCGGUGCCACUGUCAAAAAACUCUUCGUCGGUGGCCUCAAGGACGACCACGAGGAGGAGGACCUCAGACAGUACUUCCAGAGUUAUGGAAGUAUUAACUCUAUCUCAAUCGUUACUGACAAGGAAACUGGCAAGAAACGUGGCUUUGGUUUCGUCGAAUUCGAUGAUUACGAUCCUGUUGAUAAAAUCUGCCUGCAAAGGAAUCACCAGAUCCGGGGAAAACAUGUCGAUGUUAAAAAGGCAUUGAGCAGAGCAGAAAUGGCAUCAGCCACCGGUGGCGGUGGCGGAGGUGGUGGUGGAGGUGCUGGUAACCGCGGGGGGCAAUCCGGGGGGAGGGGUCCCAGGGGUGGCAAUCAGGGGGGCAAUCAGGGAGGAAAUUGGGGAGGUAGGGGAGGCGGUGGUGGUGGUGGGGGCGAUUGGAAUAACGGUGGUAGUCAGGGGGGUUACGGAGGGGGUAAUCAGGGGGGAUGGGGUGGAAAUGGACCCUGGGAGAAUCAAAAUCAAGGCAAGUCAUCAGGCGAAAUAGGGGGAGGCUGGGGUGGCCAGGGGGGCCAGGGUGGUUACAAUUCCGGGGGCAACUGGAGCAAUGACAACUUUGGCAGUGGAUAUCAGCAGGGAUAUGGCGGUGGACCAGUCAGAAACAACUUCAAUUCGGGAGGAAGGCCAGCACCCUACGGUACUAGUAUGGGUCCUAGUGGCCGGCAAUCUGGAGAUGCGAGAUGGAUGCCACAAUUCGGUGGACAAGGCCCAAUGGGCGGAAACUCUGGUGGAGGUGGUGGCGGUGGCUACGGUGGUGGCAACCAGGGUGGCUAUGGCGGUGGCAAUAUGGGGGGUGGAAACAUGGGUGGAGGUGGUGGCGGUGGCCGAAGAUACUAAACCCAGAAUGAACCAGGAACUCUCUCUCGUACGGUGAUCCCCUACUACUUGUCUUCUAGUCCGCACAGUAAACAACUGUGCUGUGUUAGUAUGAAGGCGGCAGGCAGGGUCUAGAAAGACAGGACAAUGGCAGGACAAUCAGGAGGUACAGGAGAAAGUAAUGAGAGUGAAAAAAUCGAAAGAUCAAAGUGAGGGAAUAGGUGAAUUAAGGAUAUCCAUUUAAGUAUUGACGUAGGUUUGAGGGGUUUUAUGUUCACACGAGAGAGUUUUAAUUACUUUCAAUAGUUUCCCUUUUCAGUCCGUGCUGUUUUGCUUUUUUUUUUAUUGAGGGUUUCAUCACGGGUUCAGAACAGGUCUGGGUUUUAUCAUCACAAUACAUUCUGGGACGAACCAUUCGCUGUGAGAGUUUAACGUGUCGAUUAAUAUUUAAUACCAAUUGUUCGGGAGAUUAUGGCACUUUUUUCCAAUCAUUGAGGUGGAGAUAGAAGAUAGAACAUUUGACAGCAUUUCAUUGUCGUGGAUGUGUUUAGGUUAAUACCCAAUUAAUGUUUAAGUUGUAUAAUGUCUUAAGAGGUAGUUUGAAUAAAUGGAGAAUUGAAACAACA